CUAUUUCCGUUUAGUUUCAUGCAAAUAAUAUUCAUAUAUAGUCCACCUCUAGAGUUUGUACAUUCAUAAAUCGUUCAGGAGUCGUUAUGGAAAAGUCGCUUUGCAAGAUUGCGUUUGUGGGUACAGCAGUUUCCUUUACUCUUUAUCUGCUGUUUGGAGCAAAUAAGUUUGUGCGUUCGUUUAUUGAUUUGCAUGGCUCCGAUCCAGCUACAGUUUCUGCCAAGUACCACGUACCGUUUGCUCCCUCUAAACCAUUGAUUGCUAUUGCUUGGCCACUUGAUUUUAUUUCAACCAUGAUAGCGGAACUUUAUUUAAUUUCCAUUGUACACCAGAAACAAAUAUUCCCAAAGGUCUUUUACCUAAGUUGGAUAGUUGGCGCCGUUACUUCUUCAAUUUGGACGUUUGCGUUUGCUAAAGAAUUACAUGUCAUCUCGUUCGCUUCGAUCAUAUUAAAACUCCUUCUUCUUGGUAUGCAACUGACAGUGGGAAUGAUAGUGAUGAAGAAGUCCGAGGUUAUUACAGAAAGGCAACGUUGGUUUCUUGAACGUAUUGUAAUGGAUAGUCUGGGAAUUUUAACAACAUGGACUAUCACUGCUUUUUCUGCUAUAGUAACACACGUGUUGGCAUGGGAGUAUUCGGCACAUUUGGAAGUGCCCGUUUUCCGUGAUUGGAUUAGCUUUGAGGUUGCUUGCAUUGCUGGCAUAGGAACCCUUGUUACAUCAUUUGCAAUCUGGACGAUAUGUGACCUUGUUUUAUUUCCUUCAUACACAUCGUGCAUUCGGACAGUUUACCCGAUGUAUGUAUUUGGUGGGAUAGGAAUUUUCCUCUCAAACUACGACGCGGAAAAAGGUUUAAACGGUUACAACGUCAUUUGUUUAAUCCUGGGGCUCGUAGCUUCUGUGAUUUUUAUUUAUCGGAAUAAAAUCAAAGGAGAUGCCAACAAACAAAAGGAUUUUUAAUCUCCAACGAGUGAUGUAACAACUUUUUUGAGUUCUGUUUAUAACGAAAAAAAUAUGUUGAGUUAUAACACGUGUGUUUACUCACACAUCGUAUAACCAAGAGUGCAACUUUGCGAAAACGUUUUUUUGUGUGUUUUCUGCAUAGCGACUUAUUUAGACAACCUAAGUGAUUACUUUUGAUUCGAAAAUAUGAAAGACCGAAGGAAAUUUCACCAAGCAAGUGGGUUGGAAUUCACAAAGAUUGAUGCGCCACAUUAACUAUUAACAUAACUUCUCUUAUAUCUGUCACUAUAUUACUCUUAUUUUAAACAAGAUUUGACCAAAAUAUAACAUGAUUAAUAUGAAUUGUAAAUCCACAAAACUUUAAGAUCAUUCUUUUUAGUGUCUUUGGUGUUCUUUAAAAUUAAAACGUUUCGGAAAUGACGUUUAAUAACCGCCUGGCAUACGGCGAUGUGCUUGGAUACAACAACAAAUAUAUUAAAGCAGUUAAGCCAGUGGUUGUUUAGUACUUUGGUUUGUUCGCAUGAAUGCGACUUAUUUUUGGUUUCGACAAUGAAUAAAUUAACUUUUUUCUUGCUUGUUUUCUUCGGCCUCUUUUUUCUCACCGAAACUACGUUUGCCAAAGUGCGUAAGGACAAGAUAAAGACAUACCACCGUUUCGGUCCUUUCGGAGAAUUAUCAAAGGAUGUGAUUGAUUAUUAUGAACAAUUGAUGAAUCAGUAGACGGCCAAACCUGCCUCAUGUCUCCUGGCAACGCCAAUAAAUUAUUAAACAUGCAUGUA